AAACACGCACGCGGGAGACCGAAUCCGAUAGAUGUCCUGACCAUCUGAGCUCUCAUAAACAUGUGCACAAUCCGACCUUUCGUCUGUUCGGAUCUGUUAACCUACAACAACGUCAACUUGGAUGUGCUUACUGAAACCUAUGGAGUUUCCUUCUACCUCACAUACCUCGCGAAAUGGCCUGAAUACUUCCAAACACUGGAAAGCGUCAGUGGUGACAUCAUGGGUUAUAUAAUGGGGAAGGCUGAAGGAUUCAGCCGCAACCUACACGGCCAUGUGACAGCCCUCAGCGUUGCUCCCGAGUACCGUCGGCUCGGUGUUGCGAACAGACUCAUGGACAGCCUGGAGGAAAUCUCGGAGGAGAAGAAUUGCUAUUUCGUCGACCUGUUCGUUCGACUUUCGAACUCGAUCGCCAUCGACAUGUACAAGCGCCUAGGGUAUACGAUAUACCGGCGCGUGCUCGGCUAUUAUUCGAGUUCGGGCUCGGAUCCGGACGAGGAUGCUUUCGACAUGCGGAAAGCCCUCAGUCGAGACGAGGACAAGGUCUCUGUCAUUCCUCUAACCAGACCGGUUCGACCGGAGGAAUUGGACACGUUGUGAGAGAAGGGAUCCGGUUACCAUUGUUGUUUAUGGAAUACAUGAAUUAAUAUAUCUGAGGAACUAUUGUGCUCAGAAUCU